AUGUCACAAAGAUAUAUCACCGAAUUAUUUGUAAGUGAUAAACGUAAACGUAUUUUGGAUGAUUUUGCUGAACGGACAUCAGCGCAUGGUUGCAUUUUAGCUAGUAAAUCACAAAAUGCAUUCAUGCGAUUUUUUUGGAUUAUUGCUAUACUAUUAGCAUGGAUUAUUUGUACUUAUCAAAUUUGGAUAUCUAUUGAUAAGUAUUAUCAAUAUCAAACGGUUGUAUCUAUUCAAAUACGUCAUAUGACAAAUAUUAUCUUCCCUGCUGUAACUAUAUGUAAUUUAAAUCCAAUUCGUGCAAGUUGGUUGAAAAAAGUUUUUCCGGAAACAUUUAUUCGUGAAAAUAGGAAAAUUGAUGAUUUUCAUAAAUUUACGGAACAACAAUGGAAGGAUUAUGAAGAACGGCAUCGUUUGGCGGAACAUAUCACACCUGAAAUGCGUAUUAUUCACAAACAUCUUCGUUUAAUUUUCGAGAAAAAUAUAAAUUUAUCAAUUGCCGGACAUGAUAUUAAUCAUAUGCUAAUUGAUUGCACAUAUCAAUCAGCUAAAUGUAGUGCAAAAAUUUCACCAGCAACAAAUCAGCAGUAUCAUGGAUUUGUAGGACCAUUAUAUGGUUUAUCAUUAACACUAUAUGUUGCUGAUAAUGAAUAUCUUGCCAGACAUUCACAGGGUUCCGGUUUCAAAGUAGAAAUACAUCCUGCUGAAUAUAUUCCAUUUCCGGAAGAUAAAGGUUUUACAAUAUCACCAGGUGUUAUGACAUCUGUUGGUAUUAAACAAAUGCGAGUUACACGAAUGCCAUUACCAUAUGAUGGAACAGAUUGUGGUGAUUUUGGUGAUAACAUUGAAAAUGAUGGAUUAAAAUGGAUGAAUGCAUCGUUAUAUCAUAAAAGAUAA